ACGUCACCGGUGCAACAGAAGAAAAAAAAUAUAUAAAAAUAAAAGUUCAUUGUUUGUGCUGCUGGCAGGAUAACGUUACUACUAGUCCCAAAACGUCGGUGUUUGUUUUUUUAGUAGCCCGUAAUCACGAUUUGUGGAAGAAAAAAAAAAAAAAACGACGACUCACCAUCGAGUCUUUUCACGAAGAAAGAGGAACUCUCUGCCUGUAGAUGAACAACCACGGGAAUAAGAGGGCACCGACCACAGCCACCCAGAGACUAAAGCAGGACUACCUCAGGAUAAAGAAAGACCCUGUGCCUUACAUCUGUGCUGAACCCCUACCAUCCAACAUCCUCGAAUGGCACUAUGUUGUUCGAGGUCCUGAGAAAACCCCAUACGAAGGGGGAUAUUAUCAUGGCAAACUAAUAUUCCCUCGGGACUUCCCCUUUAAACCACCCAGCAUCUACAUGAUCACACCUAACGGGAGAUUUAAGUGUAACACACGGUUAUGCCUGUCCAUCACUGAUUUCCACCCGGACACGUGGAACCCAGCCUGGUCCGUCUCCACCAUCCUGACGGGUCUGCUCAGCUUCAUGGUGGAGAAAGGCCCUACUCUGGGCAGCAUCGAGACCUCUGACUACACUAAACGACAGCUGUCAGCCCAGAGCUUGGCUUUCAACCUAAAGGAGAAGGUUUUCUGUGAAUUGUUUCCUGAUGCCGUUGAUGAGAUAAAGCAGAAACAGAAGGCCCAGGAGGAAUUGAGUGCCCGUCCCCUCCCCCUCCCCGACGUGGUUCCUGACGGCGACCCUCAACACGGCAACUACGGAAUCCCCGCCCUCAACGGAGGCCACGGCCCUCUGGGCCCCGCUAACCCCGCCCCCGGCCUCCAGCAGGCCAAUCGGAACCACGGACUGCUGGGCGGCGCCUUGGCCAACCUGUUUGUGAUUGUAGGGUUCGCGGCGUUUGCCUACACGGUGAAGUACGUGCUGCGGAGCAUCGCCCAGGAGUGAGAGGAGAGAUGAAGGAGAGCAGAGGGUCAGCUACAGGACUAUUGUAUGAUUUAAACACAUUAUUGAUAGAAAUUCUGAGCCACCCCCCUGAAGGAGGGAUGAAGAAGCAGGUGGGUGGGUGGGGGGGGGGUUAGUGGUUACUGGGACAGGGUUGGUUGGGAUCACGGUUGUUGAUCCACUCUGUGCUUUCGGUGGUUAUGACCUAAUACCAGGUGGUAGAAGAAGUGCUUGGCUCAUGGGUUGACUGCUGGCUCAGAACAUUUUCAAGUGAUUGUUCUUCUCUGCCCAUUUUACUCUGAAGCCACUGUAUUGUUAGUGUUCUGUGUGCUAGAUACAUUUUCAAUCUAUUGUGCCGCCAUAUUGGUGGGUCCCUGUAAAACAAAAAUAAGAAAAAAAGAAAAGAAAAAAAAUCAUGUGGAUUUUGGAACCAUGUUUUCAUUCUGCCUGUUCCAGUUCCACAAAGUAUGUCUUAAGUGGGGAUAGAUAGCCCUCUGUUGCCUGGGAAACAAGGUUCAGACUCACUUGGGUAAGUGUUGCCCUUCUGUCCUGUGUCACCUUAGACAGGUAAGACAGACUCCACCCCCCCAGGUGUCCUGAGAAACACACAGGAAGGAGUCUGUCAAUGAAUCCCUGGCUUUUAAGUAAGCUCAUCACAACAAGAGAACCUGUUUUAUUCAAACCCCCCCCCCAGGUUUUUGGGUCCUAAAUUAGUUGUCACUGUGUGUGUUUAGCAAAUACAACAAGGUAGAUAUGUGUCCCAAAUGGCCCCCUAUUCCCUUUGUAGUGCACUACUUUUGACCAGGACCUAUAGGGCUCUGGUCUAAAGUACUGCACUAUAUAGGGGAUAGGGUGCCAUUUGGGACACCGGCUCAGUCAGUCUGUCUGUUGUGGCUUUUUCCCAAAAUGGCUGACCCCCCCCUCUGGGUGUCUUCUUCAGAAUGCGUUCAUAAUACCACUGUCACGCUUCAUUUAUCAUCCGGUCUGGUUUAAACCAGAUACACGACUCGCAGGUCUGGCCCGUUUUAAUCACUGACAAUGCUGUCCUUUUUAUGGGGGUAUUCGUUGGAAUAAGAGUGGUGUUGUAAGGAUAAUGAGGAAGUUGGUUGAAAUUGCAUAAGUCACAUAAGAAGGGAAGACCCAGGGAACUGAACCGCUUAGCUGGCUUUAGAGCAUGUUGUCUGUCUGUCUGUGUCUUUACAAUGCUACUGACCCACUCAAACAUUUUGAAAAGAGAAGUAUGGACAUGGUGGAUAGGUUAACUACAGUAGUGGAAUAAUUAGGUUAUAAAUAGUAACCUAUUUAAACAGUUAUCUCAAGGCAGUUGAUUCUGCCUAUAUACAUUUUAAUUCUACUGAAGCAAAAAAGAACUCUACAUGUAAAGGCUUGGUUCCAUAAAAGAUGCCAGACCGGUU